GAAAAGGAAACAAUCAACAUGGCCAGAACCAAACAGACCGCUCGUAAAUCUACCGGUGGCAAAGCCCCGAGGAAGCAGCUCGCCACCAAGGCAGCCCGUAAGAGUGCACCAGCCACCGGUGGCGUGAAGAAGCCCCAUCGUUACAGGCCGGGCACCGUGGCUCUGAGAGAGAUCCGUCGCUACCAGAAGUCGACUGAGCUGCUGAUCCGCAAGCUCCCCUUCCAGCGUCUGGUCAGAGAAAUCGCCCAGGACUUCAAGACUGACUUGCGGUUCCAGAGUUCCGCUGUGAUGGCUCUGCAGGAGGCUAGCGAAGCUUACCUGGUCGGUCUGUUCGAGGACACCAACUUGUGCGCCAUCCACGCCAAGAGGGUUACCAUCAUGCCCAAGGACAUCCAACUGGCCCGCCGCAUUCGCGGAGAGCGCGCCUAAAUGUAAUUUGACUGCAACAUCCCCAAAGGCUCUUUUAAGAGCCACCUCACUAUCUCUAUGAAAAGACAAGUUCUUCCGUUUCCUUUCAUGCUUGUAUGUAAAAUUCACACAUUGAAUUUCAACCAAUGUCAUUACGUAGCUAAAUUGUAUCUAGUCUAGAACCAACCAAACGGAAAUGGUGCGGUAUGAAUUGAAUUCCCAAUAUGCUAGAAGUGUAACACUUGUAUUUUAAGUCAAGCCAACCGAAACAAUGUUGCAGCUAAUGGUAUGGCUAUCUUCUCAAAUGUAGCAAACAGUGUAAUAAGAUGGUCAGCCACUGGAUACAGCCCUAAAGUAAUUGCAGUCACUGAAACCCUUUUGAAUCGGAUGGGC